AUGGACCGGAACACCACUCUGUGGUCAGGAGGCAGUGGAUUGGGCGCCGUCUUUGCCAAUCUGCCAGCUCGUUCGAAUACAGUACCGCCAAAAAACGUCUCCAGCUUGAAUCCAUUCGAAAAAGCAGAUCUUGAAGUAACCGCAAACCUCGACUGCAGCUCGGACCCGGAACUGCUGCAAACUCCUGGAUGGAUCGAAUCUCAAGACUUUCAUGUAGCACCUGGGGUCGUGCCGACUGGCGAAACAGACCUGUUCACGGCUCGGGAUAAAGACCGUGGACACGUCCUCGACGUUGGACAUAUGCAAGGCGAUGUACAGCAAGCUUUCUCUGGCGAGGCCUUCCAUUCAGAGAUAUGUCAUGCUGGCAAUACACAUAUGCCUGUUGCCAACCUGUCUUCGCAAAAUGAGGAACUCGACUGUAAUGCUGAUGACGAUCAACUGCAAAGCCUGCAAGGGUUUGGCUUUGGCUCAGCAGCGACCCUAGCACCACCUUUUGGCAACAGUCUCGUCCAUCAACCCUCGUUCGGGGCAAUGGCAACGCAUGCUGUGCCAACCUUGAUCCGAAUGGCCAGAGAGGCACGACUCGCCCUUGCAUCGCCAGGAGAGACGUUCUACUCUCUCUCCGAGCUGUACACUCUGGAGCAUCACUUUUUAGAACCAUGCCCAGCCCAGUCCGCCUCCAGCUUGGACACGCAGCAAGCAAAGCAUGGAGCUAUUGCAGCAAGAGUCCGAGACUUGAAUCUUUGCACGUCCCCGGCUUUGGAGUCUUGCCGAUCAUGCUUCGGUCGGGACUCUGUGAGCCUGGAAGAUUCGAAGACGACGACACCUGGCGAAGAAUGGCUGCAACCAUAUCUGUCAAACCUAGACAAAGCGAUGAACACGAUGCAGCCGGGAUAUGACAAUGCAACGCUGCAGUUAGGGCAUCCUGAUUACCAGACUGCAACGAGCUGUUUGACCCAGAACCCAAUGUGGGGGCUUUCUUCAAACUAUGCAGGGCCGAGCUUCGACAACACUUCGAGAAAUUCCAUCAUGCUUGGGAACAAUGGAUCUGAUGGACUUUUGACGAGUGAAAACUCAAGCUCGCUGUCUUUCAGCAGAUCGCUACCAGAACUCAGCACAAUGCUGCGCGAGACGUGGUCGAGUCAAGCCGACCUUGAAUCUCUUGAGGCUGACGGGCGGAACGAGCCUGUGAGCAGGCCGGAGGAAGCAGAGGAGCUCGAAGCUAGAACCUGCGUCAAUCGGCAUGGAGCAGCGGCAGAGCUAAAUCGUGGUCAUUAUAACAGUGUCGAUCUACCCUUUCGACGAGGAGGAUCGCCUUUACAAGGAGAGGCCUUUACUAGGCCAGGUACAAGCAGCGUGAAUGUGAGCGCAAACUUGCUCGGGGGCCGAAUGGAGGAGGGCUGUAUUGGGUCGAGGAAGCGCAUCUGGUAUCGAGCACCGAACGGACAAUUUGUUUCUGCUACGCAAGCUCUUUCUGGACAGUUUGUAUCGGACGGGGACGGAAACAGCUACGGGCAAGGUAGCUCAACGGGUAGUGAGGGCAUCCGACGCAUUCGUCGACGUCGAAAGUCGGAGGAGGUGGAACGCAAGUAUCGAUGCGAUUACGACGGUUGCGAAAAGGCCUAUGGUACACUCAACCUCGGCACACUUACACUUCCUGACGCCCUACUGUGUGCUUUUGCCUCGCGAUCGUGUCUGCAACCUUGUCCUGACUUCCAAUUGAGCAACACAAUAGAUUUGAACACACAUCGCGCUACCAACGAGCACGGCCCUCGACUCAACGCCCUAGGUGAGUAG